GCCUUUCAUCUUUUUGCCAAGCGAGCGUUGCGGCAGUGCAGAGGGAACGGUUUGCUGUUUAUCGCCAAGUUGGGUCCUUGAAAUAUGUCGCCUUCGGCGUAACCCUCGUAACCUGUUGCUUUCCCUAAGCACGCACACGGAAAAGUGCUACGACUACUGUAACUUGCCUGCAAAAAGAGCUAAAAUGGCUGCAGGCCCGCCAGAAAUAGGCGGUCCAGGCCCGCGAAAGCGUAGCCUGCUCGCCUUGGUGUUUGGCGAUUUCCUUGUCACUGCGCUUUGGGUUCUGGCCUCCAGUUGCUUUGCAGAGGCAUCAGAGUAUUUGGCCAAGUAUACCGGCAUGGACGAGCUUGCGCUGGGGAUUGGCGUCCUCCUAUCCGCGCUGACCCUGUUUGGGCCCCUGUGCGGGUUGCUCGGAGGGGCGCUGUUCAACCCCAUCAACAGCAUCGCCCUCAUCAGCAGCGGAAAGGGCAGCAUCCCGGCGCACCUCCUCCGCAUGGGCGGGCAGCUUGCUGGCGCGCUGGCGGGAAGCAUUGCGGCCAAAUUGUACCUACCUGAGUUCCUGCAGGGGAAGUUUCACACCCUGUCCGGGGGCAUAAAGGAUGGCGUGGCGUUUGAGGUUGGAUUCGCCUGUGAGGGCACCAUGAGCUUCGUGCUCAACUACGUCUUUUUGUUAUCGCUCGAUUCCGAGAGCCGCUUCCUCACCCUGUGGAUGCCCAUGCUCUCUACCGUUGUCCUGAGCUGGGUAGGGUACUACUUCACCGGCCCAUCGCUCAACCCCUUCGUGAGCUUCUCCUGGCACCUGCACUACAAGCGGCAAAACGAUCUGGAGCACUUCCUGGUCUUCUGGAGCGCCCCUAUCGUGGGCGCCGUGGCGGCAGGCUUGGCGUUCUUCCUGCGCCACCGGUCCUCGUCUAGGAGGGAUCGCAAGCGCUCCGCCAUUGUUGCUCGUUACCAUAAGGCCCAGCUGCAUCAGAACCACCAUCACCAGCAGCAUCACCCGCAUCAGGCGUUGCCGCAGCAUCACGCGCACCAGCAGUAGCAGCUAGGGGAGUCUGCUCUCGGUUCAUGCAGGGUUGCAGGCAGGGGAGGGGUGGCGCUGUGUAGGAGGCAGUGCUCCGCAGGCCCUCACACGGUUCACAUCGGUGUGAUGGUGAUACCGGUAGUGGUAGGCGACAUGUUGGGGGCGCAGUUUGAAGGAAGUGCGUGAAGGCUUCCUUUCUAAUGAGAGCGGUUGGAGGAUUUGCGGCACUUCGGUGGCGGAAAGGGGAACGGAAGUGGGCCAAGGGCCCUGCUUACUUGGUGGCUGGUGAUAGCCGGUCUGUGUCGUGAUGGCAUGAAGAGUGACAUGCUCGAAGCAUACUGCUACUAACGUACAUGUGUUUAUAUGGGACUUGGUUUGGGGGAUGUGUUAGGGCAUUAUGGGUCUUGGUUAUCUGGGUUAUGAUUGCUGCUUGGGCUACUUCUGCAUUACUUGUACUGCGUUCUUGCGUUUCAGUGUUGGGUUCUAGACCGUCCGCGGUGAUUUGUUGGGCUGUGCGUGAUCUCAGGGCGUAUGCUACAGCAUAUGUCGUGUAGGAAGCGACCCAGACUUGAAAAUGCGGCAUUGUUUGCUGUGAUCUACACCUGGAGAGAGCCCUGCCAACUGACGAUGAGAGUAUUCUCUGGUAUUGUUGCGGAAGGCUAGCGCCAUGUAUAUACCAGUAGGGAAAGCCGUCUGCGGCGCUGCUGCUUCAGGACUAUAA